AGGUGGGGCGGUGCUGAUUUCGUCCACCUAACACCAUGGACCAGGAGGAUGACAAAAACUCUGUGGAUAUCCAUGACAACCCUCCAAUUCCUGACAAUGUGGUGAAGGAGGACGGAGAUACUGUCUAUUUCAUUUAUGAGGAGGAGGUGGAAGUGGAGGAGAAAGAACCAGAACCAGAAGAACCCGUUAUCCGUAUCAAUGACAAACCCCACAAAUUCAAAGACCAUUACUGCAAGAAACCCAAGUUCUGUGAUGUCUGCGCUCGCAUGAUAGUCUUGAACAACAAGUUUGCUCUGAGGUGUAAAAACUGCAAGACCAACAUCCACCAUUCAUGUCAGCACUAUGUUGAGUUCCAGAGGUGCUUUGGCAAAAUUCCGCCUGGUUUCAGAAGGGCCUAUAGCUCCCCUCUGUACGGCACUGACCAACAAGAUUCAAACCAUCAUGACCCAGUCUUUGAUACCCUGCGGGUCGGAGUCAUCAUGGCGAAUAAAGAGCGCAAAAAGAAUGAAAAUGACAAGAAAAACAUGAUGAUGAUGAUGGAAGAAGAGGAAGAGGAGAACCAGCAGCCCAAAGAGAGUGAAGAGGGAGGAGAAGGGAAGCCUGAUGAUAAGAAGGAGAAAGGGGGAGACAAAGCAGAUGAAAAGAGUAAAGGCACAUUCUCACUGACCCACUAUUACCUGGCUCUCUACCGCUUCAAGGCCAUUGAGAAAGACGACCUUGACUUCCACCCUGGUGAUCGGAUCACGGUACUGGAUGACUCCAAUGAAGAGUGGUGGAGGGGAAAGAUGGGGGAUAAGUCAGGCUACUUCCCCACCAACUACCUCAUAAAAGUGCGUGCAUCCGAAAGAGUUUUCAAAGUGACACGCUCUUUUGUAGGGAACAGAGAGAUGGGACAAAUCACACUGAAGAAAGAUCAGAUUGUGGUGAAGAAAGGAGAUGAGAAAGGUGGCUACUUGAAGGUCAGCACCGGACGCAAGCUGGGCUACUUCCCCGCUGAUCUGCUGGAGGAGAUCACUGUGACAUGAAAACCAUGAUCUGCAAUGAAAGGACCAGCAAAACACUUUAAAAAUCAAU